AUGGCCAACGACGAAUAUGAUUUUCUCUUCAAAGGUAACGUUGCCUCGUGCGGAUACCGCAUCCCCCUCCGCGCGACCGCUUUGUGUUCCUCCCCUUCCUCCGCUCCAAAAACUUCCUCUGCGAUACUCGGCGCCCAACUGGUGUUGAUUGGAGACUCCGGUGUCGGUAAAUCUAACCUGUUGAGUCGAUUCACGCGCAACGAGUUCAACCUUGACUCCAAGUCCACGAUCGGUGUCGAAUUUGCAACUCGCUCGAUCCAGGUCGACUCCAAGACUAUCAAGGCGCAGAUCUGGGAUACUGCUGGUCAGGAACGCUACCGUGCGAUUACCUCUGCGUACUACCGUGGCGCCGUGGGUGCCCUCCUCGUCUACGAUAUCAGCAAGCAUCAGACCUACGACAAUGUCAACCGGUGGUUGAAGGAGCUGCGGGACCAUGCCGAUUCCAACAUCGUUAUCAUGCUGGUUGGUAACAAGAGUGAUUUGAGACACCUUCGUGCCGUCCCCACCGAGGAGGCCAAGCAGUUUGCCAGCGAGAACAACCUUUCCUUCAUCGAAACCUCUGCUCUCGAUGCCAGCAACGUCGAGCUGGCGUUCCAGAACAUCCUCACAGAAAUCUACCGCAUCGUUUCCAGCAAGGCCCUCGACAAUGGCGAGGCAGGCUCCAGCCUGCCUGGGAAGGGCCAACCUGUGAUUGACUUCACCCCUCAGGAAAACGACCAGAAGCAGGGCUGCUGCUAG